AUGGCACCCUUCGCCACGUCCGCGUGCAAGAAGCCGCGGGCGCAGCGCUUCCCCGGACGGCGAGCGGCGCCUGCGGGACUCGGCGCGACGCCGCAGGUGGCUCUGGCAGGUUCAGCUUUGCAGAAGUUGCCGGACAAGCUCCCUUUGGGCCUCGAGGGGGAGCUGCGUGCAAGGCUUUGCGUGGCACUGGCCACCCGGGAAGAUGAGCGCAUCGCCCGGGAACGGGCGCACGCGACCGCGGUGGAGCCGACGAGAGCUGUGCGCCAGGCGCCAUUGCCUUUGCGGCCCGGGGAAUGGAGCCCCAGGUGGCGGGUGCUGCGUGGCCACGACGCCUUCCCGGGCCAGGAUUUGGGCCGGGUGCCGGUCACCGCUUUGGCCCAGGCCAAGGCCUUCUGCGAGAAGAAGGGUCUGGCCGGGGCAGUGCUCUUCGGAGGCAUGGUGUACCUCCGGGCCCAGACCGCGGAGGCCCUGGUUGCGGCCGCGCAGCCUCAGGAGGGCGCCGACCUGCUGCUCAGGUCUGGGUCUCCAGAUGCCCCGCCGCCGCAUGUGCAGGCCCCUCAGAACGUCGCGAAGAAAAUGCGAGUGGCGGUGCUUGCAACGCAGGACGAGUUUAAUGAGACCUGCCUCUUUGACAUGGGCAUGGUCAGCAACACGGGCAACGGACGACGCUAUGCGGCGCAGGCCCUGCUGCGUGAGCUUCUGACGGCGGACGGGGUGGAACUGGCGGCAGUCCUGGUCUACGACUCGAAGAACGAGACCGGGCGCUGGGCCUUGCCUUUGGAGGGCCCGCAGCGUUUGUCGCUGAGCACCCGCCACGGGCCGCCCGUCACAGCCUGGCGGGGCUCCAUGGGUCAGCUGCUGGGCGCCUGCUGUGGGGAGCUCUUCGUGGAUCUGGCCAUCUCCAUCCAAGCGCGGCGCACCUGCCUGGAGCUGAUGCUGAGGAGCAUCCAGGCCACGAAGUAUGUGGUCAUGGGUCAUGACUACAACUUGCCCUUCGGACCGUGGGGCAUGGAGGUGGAACCUGAUAUGCUUGCGCUGCACAAGUCCUUCAUCCAGGAUCCGCGCGUCACCAUGUUCUGCACCUCCCAGCACUUGCAGCAUUAUGUCGAGCGCUUCUCCGAUGGCAAGGUGAAGACGCGUCUCUGCUACUGCGCGGACUACGGCUACUUCGACGGGCCCAACUUCCCCCCAGAGAAGUGCGAGGGAAAGUAUGUGACCUUCAUCAGCCCCAGCCCUGCCAAGGGUUUGGCCAUUGUGCUCCGGCUUGCACUCAUGUUUCCAGACACGGAGUUCCUGUGCGUGAGCACCGUGUGGACCAAAUCUUUGCACGAAGUUCAGCUGCGAGCUCACCCCAACAUCCGCGUCGUGCCUGGCAGUGACGAUAUCGAUGAGGUGUAUCGGCAGACCGCAGUGCUGGUGAUGCCCUCCCUGUGGUCAGAGUCCUUCGGACUGGUGGCCGUGGAGGCCCAGCUGCGGGGCCUUUGCGUGGUGAGCUCCGACAGCUGCGGGCUGCAAGAGGCCAACUUCCUGGAGGAACUGCGGGUGCCCGUGUCGCUGGUCCACGACUCCAGGACCAGGGAGAUGCUGCGAGGCAUCAGCCUCAGCGCCGCAGAGCUCUCCCUGGAUCCCCUGCGAAAGUGCCGGACAGGCCAGCAGCACAUCCACGACGCCCACUGCCUGAUCGCCAGCGAAGCGGAGGCCUCCGGCUUCGCGGGCUGCCUGCGGCGCCUGGCCGACCCAUCAGAGCGGCGGCGACUCGGGCAGCUCGCGCGCGAGAGGGCACUGCAGCACGUGCACAGCCGCCGGGGCGCCUUCACUCGAAGCCUGCAGGCGGGAGGAGCCUGA